AUGCACGGUUCCGGACGCGUUGUGCUGCACGCCCGUGCUACCGCGCGUGCCAAUGGAGCUGCCCGCCGCUCACUCACAUCUCUAGCUCGUAAUUCUACCAUCAAGUUCGCACGAUCAUCCAAGCUUGACACGCUCAAGCUUCGUGACGUGAAUGCUAUAUCCGCUCGUACGCAUCGUUUUAAAGCCGCAUCGAUCCUUCAGCUUCGUGCAUUUUCAAGUUCUAACGAGGUGAAAGAUGUUCCUGUUCCAUCUAUGGGUGACUCAAUUUCCGAGGGAACCGUCGUAGAAUGGCUUAAGCAGCCAGGAGAUGCUGUGGCCGAGGACGAAGUUGUUGUCGUGCUGGAGACGGACAAAGUGAGCGUAGAUGUCCGUUCGCCCUUCGCUGGUACCAUGGGAAAACAGCUGGCAGCUACUGAUGAUAACGUAACGGUAGGUUCCUCACUCUUUCAGAUUGUCAAAGGUGAGGCAGGCUCGCAGAGUGCACAGAGUACGGAAACAAAGGCUGUGCCGGCUUCCACUUCGGCAGGUGAAGAAACGAUCGUUCCCGUACCUUCUAUGGGCGACUCUAUUUCAGAAGGAACUGUUGUUGAAUGGAUUAAAAAAGUGGGAGAUUAUGUGAGCGAGGACGAAGUUGUAGUCGUGCUCGAGACUGACAAGGUGAGUGUGGAUGUUCGGGCACCAAAGAGUGGCACUAUUUCCAAAACGUUGGCUGACGUGGACCAAACAGUAGAAAUUGGCGUGCCACUCUUUUCGAUAAAACCUGGUGGUGAGGCCUCUACUGCAUCAAAAGUCGCUCCAACUCCCACUUCGGCUCCUACUCCUGAAGCCAUCUCGACUUCAUCACCCAAUCCUAAAGCCUCGACGUCUGUUGCUACCCCCAAUCCUGUCGUUCCUGGUGCUAAUCCAUUGAUAGCAAUGCCCAAGCGUGCAAUUCGUCGUGAGAAAAUGAGCCGCAUGCGUCUACGUACGGCUGAACGACUGAAGGAAUCGCAAAACACAGCAGCCAGCCUCACGACUUUUCAAGAGGUGGAUAUGUCCAAACUCAUGGAUCUUCGUAAGCAAUAUAAAGACGCAUUUGAAGCCAAGCACGGUGUCAAGCUAGGAUUUAUGUCAGCUUUUGUUAAGGCAAGUGCGUCAGCACUGCUUGAAGUGCCUGGUGUCAAUGCAAUGAUCGACGAUGAGCAUCAGGAGAUCGUGUACCGUGAUUACGUUGACAUGAGUGUUGCUGUGUCUACCCCCAAGGGUCUGGUCACGCCAGUAUUGAAAAAUACUGAAUCCAUGAGCUUUGCUGAUGUAGAAAAGAAAUUGUCUGAACUAGCGAUUCGUGCGCGUGAUGGAAAACUUUCGUUGGAAGAAAUGACCGGUGGCAAUUUUACAAUCUCGAACGGCGGUGUCUUUGGCUCACUUAUGGGCACGCCGAUCAUUAAUCUGCCACAGUCGGGAAUCCUUGGAAUGCACAACACCAAGAUGCGUCCUGUUGUUGUGAAUGGUGAAGUGGUCGCACGUCCUAUGAUGUACCUUGCACUCACCUACGACCACCGACUCGUUGACGGUCGUGAAGGCGUCACGUGUCUUAAGGCCAUUGCUGACAAGAUUGAGAAUCCGGAACGUCUCUUGCUUGACAUUUAA